AUGAAGUUCUCUACUGCAAUCCUUGGUAGCGCCCUUGUCGCCAGCGCUCUUGCUGCUCCUUUGACCGAGAAGCGUGCCGCUCGCCGUGCCGCUCGCUCCGCCGCUAAGCGCCAGAGCAACCCUCCCUUCAAGCCCGGCACCACCGAGGCCAUCGAUCUCUCGAACACCUCCGAGGUCGAGUACAGCUCCAACUGGGCUGGUGCCGUCCUCAUCGGUACUGGCUACACUGCCGUCACUGCUGAGUUCACCGUUCCCACUCCCAGUGUUCCCAGCGGUGGCUCCAGCCGUGAGCAGUACUGUGCCUCCGCCUGGGUCGGCAUUGACGGUGACACCUGCGACACUGCUAUCCUGCAGACCGGUGUCGACUUCUGUAUCGAGGGUAGCACCACUUCUUUUGAUGCCUGGUACGAGUGGUACCCCGACUAUGCCUACGACUUUGACCUCACUGUCGCUGCUGGUGAUGUGAUCAAGAUCACCGUUGACGCCACCUCCAAGACCGCCGGUACCGCCACCGUUGACAACGUUACCACUGGCAAGUCUGUUACCCACACCUUCACCGGUGGUGUUGACGGUGACCUGUGCGAGUACAAUGCCGAGUGGAUUGUCGAGGACUUCGAGGAGGAUGACUCUCUUGUUCCCUUCGCCGACUUUGGCACUGUCACCUUCUCCAGCGCCUCUGCCACCGAUGGCAGCUCCUCCGUUGGUCCCGAGGAUGCCACCAUCAUUGACAUUGAGAGCGGUAACUCUGUCCUCACUUCCGUCUCCGUCACCGACAGCACUGUCGUUGUCAAGUACGUUUAA